AUGGUCUGGGCAACCAAUCAUACACCGUCCGCUCACCCAGUUUUUGUGGUCUACAAACUUGGGGAGCGUGGCAAACUUGUCAUUGACAGGUCCGGCCUGGAAUCUCAAAAAGGACUCCCUGUGUUUGACAUCAUGCGCGCAUUCAACACAGCGCUCGUGCCUACUCAGUACCUCCUCCUACACAAGACGACAUACUCGUAUUGA